AUGGCGACCUUGAGUACAUGUAUUUGGCUGAAUUACUUUGCUGCCACGCUCAAGAUCCAAGGAGUGGAAGAAGACUCAACCAGUCUACAAGAGCGAGAUCCGACGUAG